AUAGAGAGAGAGGCAGAGUGGUAUAUAAGCAACGGAAGGCAAGGCCAAUGCCUCAGCAAAUUCAGGGAGGGAGGGAGAGAGAAAUGGGGGAUUCGAGCGAUUCUGUGUCUGUGGAUAUGGAGGGGAUCUCCUUCGGCGGAAAGGAGCAUCUUAUAGAAACUUGUCAUGGUUCUGUGUCUGUUGCUGUGAUUGGAGAUCCGGACAAGCCAGCUCUUGUAACUUAUCCAGAUUUAGCCCUAAAUCAUGUGUCCUGUUUUCAAGGAUUAUUCUUUUGUCCAGAAGCAUGUUCCUUGCUACUCCACAAUUUUUGCAUAUAUCAUAUUAGUCCUCCAGGGCAUGAGUUGGGAGCUGCCGCAAUUAGCCCUGACAAGCCUGUGCUUUCUGUUGAUGAUUUAGCAGAUCAGAUUGAAGAGGUUCUCAACUUUUUUGGACUUGGUGCUGUGAUGUGUUUGGGGGUUACAGCUGGGGCCUACAUCCUUACCCUAUUUGCUAUGAAAUAUAGACAACGUGUUCUUGGUUUGAUACUUGUCUCUCCUCUAUGCAAAGCACCCUCUUGGACAGAAUGGCUGUAUAAUAAGGUGAUGUCGAAUUUACUCUACUUCUAUGGCAUGUGUGGAGUGGUGAAGGAGUUGUUGAGUAAGCGGUACUUCAGCAAGGAAGUUCGCGGCAAUGCCCAUGUAUCAGAAUCAGAUAUAGUUCAGGCAUGUAGAAGAUCUUUGGAGGAGAGGCAGAGUUCAAAUGUUUGGAGGUUUCUUGAAGCAAUUAAUGGGAGACCUGACAUCACUGAGGGCUUGAGAAAACUACAAUGUCGUUCUCUAAUUUUUGUUGGGGAUAACUCCCAAUUUCACUCCGAGGCUCUCCACAUGACUUCCAAUCUAGAUAGACGAUACAGUGCCUUAGUUGAGGUUCAGGCAUGCGGGUCAAUGGUGACAGAGGAGCAGCCCCAUGCCAUGAUGAUACCAUUGGAGUACUUCCUCAUGGGAUAUGGCUUGUACAGGCCAUCUCAAUCAAGUGUCAGCCCAAGGAGCCCCUUGAGUCCCUCUGGCAUUGCCCCGGAGCUUUUUUCACCUGAAAGUAUGGGCUUGAAGUUGAAACCAAUAAAAACACGAAUUUCUCUGCAAAUCUGAAAGAAGAUGAAAGAUGCAGGGAAUAUUGCUUUUUUUUCUUUUUUUUUCUUUCUUUUUUUUUUUUGUAAUCUAUUAUAUUAUAGGAGUUGGUGUUUUUCGUGAAUUGUUGGGGUUGAUAUGUGAGAGGAUUACCAGGGUGUAUAGAUAGAGCGGGGGGAAAAAGCAAAGAUGUAAGAGAAAAAGUUUAGAAAGAAAGCAUAUAUUUUCAUUCUUUCAUUGUAACCACAACUGUUAGUUGAGGUGAGCCUAGCUGUCUGUAAGUCCUCUAAUAAUCAUUCAUCAAUGACAAACAAAUUAUAAUAAUAAGAACAAAAAUAAGCGAUGGAUGGUGA